AUGGGUCCGGCCAUGGGUCCGGCCAUAGGUCCGGCCAUGGGUCCGGCCAUGGGUCCGGCCAUGGGUCCGGCCAUGGGUCCGGCCAUAGGCCAGGCCAUAGGCCAGGCCAUUGGUCCGGCCAUGGGUCCGGCCAUGGGUCCGGCCAUAGGUCCGGCCAUAGGCCAGGCCAUUGGUCUGGCCAUUGGUCUGGCCAUGGGUCCGGCCAUAGGUCCGGCCAUGGGUCCGGCCAUGGGUCCGGCCAUGGGUCCGGCCAUGGGUUCGGCCAUGGGUCCGGCCGUAGGCACUCCGGCUGUUGGCGCGAACGCCGUGGGCUGCCGCGUUUGCGCUAUUCCGGGUCCUGCUGCCGGUGCCGGAGCAGGUAGUGGUGCCGGCGGUCGUGGUGCCGGCGGCGGUAUCGCCGGUUGUGCCGGCGGUGGUACCGGUGGUGACGUCGGCCGCGAUUCCUGCCGUGGUGCCCGUUUUGAGGCCUCCCGUGAUGCCAUCGUGGGUGUGACGCCUCCUUUCUUUCGAGAAAGCGCGACAGCGGGUGAGGGCGCCUUGGCAGCUUCUUCGCAGACUCCUCAGUCGCGGUCUGCCUGCAACGUGAAAGCGCGCGGGUUCGUAGAGUUGAGCUGCAAGGCUGGCAUAGUUCUAUGUAUACCCGCCCUCCUAUGA